AUGACUCGUGAUAUACCUUAUUACAGUGAGAACGAUGACUUAAAUGUUGUUCGUAUCUUCAUUAUCAGACAUGGACAAACAGAUCACAACGUGAAGAAGAUAUUACAAGGUCAUAGAGAUACUUCUUUGAACGUUACUGGGGUUGAUCAAGGUCAUAAACUAGGGAAGUAUCUGAAAAACGACAGAAAUAUCAAGUUUGAGCGUGUGGUAAGUAGCGAUCUUAUAAGAUGUCGUCAAACCACAGAAGCCUUCUUAUCUGAGAUGGAUUGUGAUUUGAGCGAAAAGGAUGUGUUCUUUCUAGGUGGCCUCAGGGAGAGGUUUAUGGGCCCUAUUGAAGGUAUGCACAUUACCGAGGCAGAGAAAUAUGCAGACAAGCAUGGUAAACCGUCAUUCAGAGAUUUUGGUGAAGAUGCUGAUUUAUUUAUGAACAGAUUAACUGGCACAAUUCAAGGCUGUGUCGAAACUGCUUCAGAUGAUGGGAUCAGAAAUAUGGCGAUGGUCAGUCACGGUGGUUCCAUUAGAGCGAUCAUUAGAUGGCUCGAAUACGAUGCCCAGAACGCUCAAAAGAUUAUUGUCUACAACACAUCUGUAACAAUUGUUGACUACAUUAAAGACAAGAAACAAUAUAUUGUGAGACGUGUAGGUAACACUCAACAUUUGGGUGAUGGGGAAUUUAUUGUCAGUGAUUUGCGUCUACGCUAA